GCCAUCUAGGGUUAUCAACCCUAAGAAUCUCAGUCUUUCAUCCAUCAGCCCUUCACAUGUCAUGACAACGACGUGCUAUGGCUUCCCGUCCGCGGCUCCGGUCGAGCAGCAGAAAAGACUCGCCUCUUUCGCCUCCCAAGCCCAGUGCGAUCAGCGUCGUAAUCGACGCGCCGCCAAAUCAUAACAAACGCCGGACGCGUUCAUCCAGUCGAGAAGUCGCAACGGCGCAACGACUAUCGCAAGACCUUGAGCAGCCUCUACCCACUGUCUCCGAGGAAGGGCCGGCAUCAGGUCAAAUCGAGGAUCUCGACAGCAGCAUUUCCGACUCAUUCGAGGAGAGCUCUACAGGAUCGUCCUUUGAGAGCCUGCUAGAUGCUCUGGAUCGGGAUACCAUCAUCGACAAUCUGGUCAAAUUGCGCAAUGACUCAGACGCAGUAUUCUCAAUGUUUGAUGGUGAUGACAGAAACGGAGUACGGGACAUCUGUGCAAAGCUAUUGCAACUCGACCCUUUACUUCGUCGAAAACUGUUGCGCCGGGAGGAACAGCUCUUGGCCACCAUGGAAGUAUAUGGAGGUAGCCCAGGUUUUAUCAUCCCCGGGAUUGUUAUUCGCAAAAUCUUUGGGGAGGAUGGACUCCGUGAGAUCAACCACGACUUAGGGCGCCCCGAUGGAGUGCUUUAUUUGGCCAAUCUUGCGUUGCAGCUGGUAAUGGUCUUGCGACGCUCGCUAGAAGAGCGUCACACUUACCUCGAGUUCAUGUUCAACAACUUCCCGGAACCGUUUCACGAUCUCGACGUGUACCCCUUCUCAUCUGACACAGUCAAAGGCACUUUCCACUUCUAUACCGAGAUUCUCACUCAAUUCUAUAUCCGACAAGUUGAGACCAAGCACUACGAAGAGGGAUUUGAUCCUGACAGAUUACUCGGAGCUGUUUUCUACGACGAACGCAACAAGAUAAAGGGAUCGUCGGACGACGAAACGUACGCGAAAGCAAUGUCCCGGAUGUCUUCUAUUAAAUCUUAUUUCGACACGAAAAAGCCCCCGUGGAUCAACGUUGAAGCCCUAAGACAACAAUAUCCUUGGUCAGACUUUGUUGUGCAGGUGGUCGGAUGGAGCCUGGCCCGCAAGAACGAGCUGGACGAUAUGAUCAAAUCCAGAGGGGGCAUAGAGAAGCUCAUCGAUUCCCUCCUUGCUCAAGAUUUCCAAGACGAGGCAGCUCUCGCCAAGAAACCCGCACAAGGACCAGAGUUAGCGGGUCUCGGGACUAAAGUGCAGGAUACUCCUACCCUUAAUAUUGAAGGAGAGCAGGUUGAGGACACCGAUAACAAAUCUACACACCAGGCGCAGAAGGCGACGACCGGAAGUCUGCUGGGGAGAGCCAUGAGAGCCAACAUUGAUAGACUCAAGGCUCUCAAAGCCGAGCAUUCAGCACGUACACCAGGUGUCAAAGUGGAUCACGCCGCUCCAAGUCCGCCAGAACCAGAGCAUGAGAUUUCACAGUCACCCUCACCAGUUGUACAGGAAACUCAACCAGCAGCUGUUGAUGGAGGCGACAACCCAGAACAGAGUCUUCCUCCAGCUACGGCAUCUGACGAAGAGAUCGUCCCAACUCAGCAAACAAACAUUGUCCUGGAAACUGUCCGGCGACAAAAUGAACAGAGCGACAAGGAGAAUAAGAAUCAGACGGCGAAGAAGGCAUCAUUGUUCGACCGGCAAGAGGGAGCAGAGAGAGUGGAAUGGGGCGAACCCUCCGACAAUGAUAAUACCCCUCUUCCUCCACGCCAACUCUCGAAGCGUCGACUGCCUCAAACGGCGGGAGACGACAUCGGGUAUGACGAGUUUGAGACGGAUAAAAGAGCAACAAAGAGAGCUAGGACUAGUGGUGACACCAGAGGGCAAGUACCUACGACCCGCCCGAGCCUCCCCGCCGAAGACGAGAUUACCCUGACUAUUAAUAGUCAGGAUGCUCGUCUCCCUGACGAAUCGCGGACGGUUGCAUUCUCGAAUCGAGGUCAGCCUUCGAGACCAGCCCACACAACUCGCUCGCCGUUAACAGAAGCCCGCAAGCGCACGUUGCCAGUCCCAUCACCACAGCCCGCACAACCCGGUACACAAACAUCUCCAUCACGUCGAGCACCUCUUGAAUCCGUCCAGGCAGCCAAACGAAGACCGCCUUCUUCAAGUGCGCCCACUCGAACUCAUCCUGAGAGUUUCAGGUCCUCGAGGCCACCAUCAGAGGGACCACCACCCGCAUCCCAAAUUGACAACGUAAACCGGGAAGCUAAAGAGAGGAUGCGCAUGUCCCGCGAGUUGUUACCCGCUCCACGAGGCGGUCAAGUUCGCAUAGCCUAUACCGAGCGGGAGGUCAAUCGAUUGAUGGAACUGGUUGAAUUGCACGGGACACGGUGGGCGAGGAUCUUGGAAGAAGACAACAGGCACGACGAUGGGCCAAUGUUGCAGGGCAGAACGCAGGUGCAGCUGAAGGACAAGGCGCGGAAUAUCAAGUUGGUUUUUCUCAAGGCCGGUCGUCGCAUACCUCCAGGAUUCGAGGCCGUCAGUGUCGGCCAGAGGCAGAUCAACGAGCUGCGGAAAGCCGGCAUCGACUAUGUUGAGGGUCAGAAUGCAGCUCGCUAUACCAGACGUCCGCCGGCGGCCAAUGAUGACGACAAUGAUGCUGACGACGACGAUGAUAUCCAAGAUGUUAAUGACCUUUGAGGAUCCAGCAGCUGCCAUUCUAUCUUGGUUGAUUGGUUGAUUGAUUGGGUGGUUGUCUGCUUGUCUGUCACAACGGCCGGUGCGUUUCUUUCUCACAUGUUCAAACGCACCGAUAUCUGCAAUCGUCUGGUGUUUGGUUCUCUUGGCCCCUCGUGGCAGCGAUACCCAAUGACAGCUUGAGAAUAGUCAAAGCUUGGUUAGAC